CAGGGUGGAGGAGGAGAGAGGGGAUUUGGGUUUCUCUGUUGUGAAUGUGCACGUGUCCUCAGACAGUGUGACCGAGCAGAGAGGCGGCGCUUCGCUGUAUUUGGGGGCAGACCUUUGCGUCACACACCGAUGAUGGAGAGGAGGAGGAUGGAUGCAGCACUGCUGGUGCUGUUCCUGGGUCACCUCGCCGGCGCGCUGGAGGUCCCGCUAGACCUGCCGCAGCCACCGACCAUAACUCACCAAUCCCUGAAGGAUUACAUCAUCGACCCACGAGAGAACAUUAUAAUCCACUGUGAGGCGAAGGGGAAACCUCAUCCCAGUUUCUCCUGGACGAGAAAUGGGACCCACUUUGACAUCGACCAGGACCCAAAUGUGAACAUGAAGCCCCACUCUGGGACUCUGGUGAUUGACAUCAGCAGAGAGAAGGCUGAAAAUUACGAGGGGGUGUACCAGUGCACAGCAAGGAACAAGCAUGGAGCUGCUGUUUCCAACAACAUCGUCGUAAGACAGUCCAGGUCCCCAUUGUGGUCAAAGGAGAAGAUAAAGCCAUUUGUCGUUCAGGAGGGUGUGUCCUUGGUGCUGCCGUGUCGACCCCCAGCUGGACUUCCUCCUCCCAUUAUAUUCUGGAUGGACAACUACUUCCAGAGGCUUCCUCAGAGCGGCAGAGUGUCCCAGUCCCUAAACGGAGACCUCUACUUCUCUAAUGUACUCCGAGAGGACUCCAGGAACGACUACAUCUGCUACGCCCGCUUUCCACACACACAAACCAUCCAGCAGAAACAACCUAUCACCGUCAAGGUCCUCAACCUGGAUGCAAUCAAUGACACAAUGGCAGCUUUUUACAAUGACACUGAUUUAUUUAGUGAGGACCCAGUGGAUGAGAGGAAGCCAUCCUUCCUCAUCCCAUCUGGCCCCUCCAGCUCCAAGAUGGUAUUGAGAGGACAGGUGCUGGAGAUGGAGUGUAUUGCCGAAGGACUGCCCACCCCUAAUAUAUCCUGGACCAAAGUGAGUGGCGAUUUCCCGGCCAAGCGCACAUCCUUCCUGCACUACCAGAAGACCCUGCGUAUUGUGGAUGUGUCUGAAUCAGAUGCAGGAGAUUACCGCUGCACGGCCAAAAAUCGUCUUGGCUCGGUUCACCACACCAUCCGUGUCACGGUCAAAGCCGCUCCAUAUUGGAUCAGUGGCUCUCCCAGGAACCUUGUCUUAGCUCCAGGAGAGAACGGUGUGCUGACCUGCAGGGCCAGUGGCACGCCCAAGCCCUCCAUCACCUGGGCGAUGAAUGGCAUCCCCAUAGAGAAUUCGCCUAAGGAUCUCAGCAGAAAGGUGGAGGAUGACACCAUCAUAUUCACGGAUGUACAGACUGGAUCCAGCGCCGUCUACCAGUGUAAUGUCUCCAAUGAAUACGGCUACCUUCUGUCCAACGCCUUUGUCAAUGUCCUCUCGGAGCCGCCCAGAGUGCUGACACCAGCCAACGUAGUCUACAAGGUCAUCAAAAAUCACCGGGCCCUGAUGGACUGCGCUUCCUUUGGAUCACCCAUCCCUAAAAUUACAUGGUUCAAAGACAGUCGGCCUGGCACCCUGGGAGGAGAAGCUUACAACAUGCACGACAACGGGACUUUAGAGAUUAACAUAGCUCAGGCCCGAAACAGUGGCAAAUACACCUGUGUGGCCAGAAACAUCCUUGGUAUCUAUGAGAAUCACGUCUACCUGGAGGUCAAAGAGCCGACCCGAAUCCUGAAGCAGCCGGAGUACAAAGUGGUCCAGAGGGGAAGGUCUGUGGUGUUUGAGUGUAAGGUGAAACACGACCCCUCGCUCAUCCCCACUAUGAACUGGCUCAAAGACGAUGGAGAGCUGCCCGAUGACGAGAGAUUAAUCAUAGACCCUGAGAGCCUCACCAUCACUGAUGUGACAGAGAAUGAUGCGGGGGUGUACACUUGUGUUGUGAACACUACUUUGGACCAUGACUCAGCGAGCGCUGAGCUCACUGUUAUCGAGCGACCCGACCCCCCAACUGACCUAGAGCUGACAGACCAGAAAAAGAGGAGUGUUCAGCUCACUUGGACCCCUGGGGAUGAACAUAACAGUCCUAUUCAGAAAUUUCUGAUCCAGUAUGAAGACUCACUCCACCAUCGGGGUCACUGGCAUAAUCUUACUGAGGUCCCUGGAACCAAGACUACAGCUCACCUUAAACUGUCACCCUACGUCCACUACACCUUCAGAGUCUUGGCUCUCAACGCUGUGGGUUUCAGCCGUCCCAGCUUCCCCUCCAGGGUGUUUAAGACGGACCCUGCAGCUCCAGAUGAGAACCCAACAGGUGUACAGGGACAUGGAACAGAGCAUGACAAUCUUGUUAUCUCAUGGAAGCCGCUGUCAGGCCUCCAGUCUAAUGGUCCAGGACUUCAUUAUAGAGUGAUGUGGAGGCAGAAGACGAUAGACAGCGAGUGGACCACAGUGACCGUAGCUAACAACUCCAAAUUUGUGGUGUCUGGAACGCCCACGUUUGUUCCAUAUGAGCUAAAAGUUCAGGCUGUGAAUGACCACGGUGCUGGACCUGAGCCUGCUAUUUCCCACGGCUACUCAGGAGAGGACUUACCAGUCGCAGCUCCAGAAAACGUUCAGGUCUUUGUGCUGAACAGCACUCUGGCAGAGGUGCAUUGGGAUCCUGUGCCUCAUAAAUUGAUUCGUGGAUAUCUCAAAGGAUAUAAGGUGUACUACUGGAGAGAGCGCAGCCUCCACAAACAUAACCCCCAUCAUGUGGAGAAGCAGAUCCUGACAUUCAGUGGGAACCACAGCCACGGCAUGCUGCCUGGUUUACAUGCUUUUAGUCUCUACUCAUUCAACGUUAAGGUUUAUAACGGCAAGGGAGAGGGCCCCCCGAGCCCCACCCAGCAGUUUGAGACACCUGAAGGAGUGCCAGCAGCCCCUUCUUCCCUGGUAAUCACCAACCCCAACCUGGACUCUCUAACCCUCGAAUGGAGUCCUCCUCACGACCGUAAUGGACUCAUCACUGGCUACACCCUCAAAUAUCAGCCAGUCAAUAACUCCAAUGAGCUGGGCCAAGUGGAGGAGCUGGCCCUGCCCGCCAAUGCGACCUCAGUCACUUUGCCCAACCUCAAGUACAGCACACGCUACAAGUUUUAUUUGAAUGCGAAAACAGUCAGGGGAGCAGGCCCAGCCAUUUCACAGGAAGCUGUCACCAUCAUGGAUGAAGGCAACACCCAAACCUCUCAUCCCAUUGCACCGUCUCCUCCACGCCGCCCACCCCACAAGGCGCUGCCUGUGAGUCCUUUUGGGAACGUUAGCUCCUCGAUGGGAGAGGACGGGGCCCUGAUCAGUUGGGAGUACUGGGGCCCGGAGAAAAACGUUUAUCUAGAAUACAUAGUAGAAAACAGUGAAGGUGAAGAGGAGUGGCAGAAAGAGCUCGUGAACGGCUCUCAGAACUAUAUGCUCAAGGGCUUAAAGGAGGGCCUCUCCUAUAGGGUGCGUUUGGUGGCCAAAGGUCACUCCGACCAGGUGCCCCACCGCUCCAAGGAGCUAUUGGUGACAGUCCCAGCUGUGGCGAGCAGACAGGUGGACAUUGCCACUCAGGGAUGGUUCAUCGGCCUCAUGUGUGCCAUCGCUCUCCUCAUCCUGAUCCUCCUCAUUAUCUGCUUCAUCCAGAGGAAUAAGGGAGGGAAGUACCCCGUAAAAGAGAAGGAGGAUGCACACACAGACCCAGAGUUCCAGCCCAUGAAAGACGAUGACUGUACCUUUGGGGAAUACAGUGACAAUGAGGACCAUAAACCAUUAAAAGGAAGCCGCACGCCAUCUAAUGGGACAGUUAAGAGAGACGACAGUGACGACAGUUUAGUUGACUACGGGGAAGGAGGAGACGGACAGUUCAACGAGGAUGGCUCGUUUAUCGGCCAGUAUAGCGGAAAGAGUGCCAGCAGGGACACUGCUGAGGGCCAUGAGAGCUCGGAGGCCCCAUCCCCUAUUAACGCCAUGAACUCCUUGAACUCCUUUGUGUAGCCAAUCAGUCUCACAGACCAAUUUGAGGGGCUGCGCUGACUGCUCAAUCCCCACAUCUCUCUUAAAGGCUGUCCCAACACCGCAUGGCUUCACAAUCACAUGCCCCUUCCCGGUGCCACAUUUGACACGUGAAACGCAGACGACUCAUUAAAGACAUCUACCUUUUCAUUUGGAAAUCUUUAUGGAGAAGCUUGGAAACCCAUGGCUCAUUAAAGCCAAAGCAGCAUUUACAGUAGGAAAGAAAUAAGAAGUAGUUGAACAAGACAUCUGAUUUUAACAGUGCAUGUAUUACCUGAUAUGACCUAAAACCAUAUAUUAAUUAACACUUUGAGAUUAACAAGCGUUGCAUUUUUACCAGGAAUCUCUUAUGGACUAUGCAGUGCUCGUCUGAACUAUAUUUGUUUUUGUUAUUGGUUAUUAUAUUAUCUACUAUGUUCAAAUAGUAAUCAGUGUCUAAAUGACUAUUACUCCAUGUAUUUUUUUCCAACACAGAAGCUUGUACAGGAAUCUGUAUUUAAUACUGUAAUUCAUUUGUGUAAUUCCAUCAUGCAUUUACCGUGCACAAGGCAGAUCAUGUACAGUGUAUAUAUAUAAAGUGAACUGUCUGUAAACUGACUAUUGGGAGCAGUACACGCAGCAUGCCUGAGACUGCUGCAUCGAUACAUCCUCAUCUGUCACCGCUCUGUUGAAUGCCCCAACUGCACCUACAGUAUAAAGGAGGAAGCUGAAAAUGCUGCAUGGCAUGUCAUAUGACCUCAUAACCUUUGCCCUGCAUGUGACCUCCACUUAUUGAGCUUGAUCUGAAGGCCAGUGGGAAAUGCUGAGAGUGCGACAGCUUGCCUCAGUCCCUGCAGUGCUGCUGGGGUCGUCCUUCAGCAGGUAGUGCCUUUUCUUCAAACGCUGAUUCCAUUCUGAAGUCUCUUUCCAGAGUUCAGCGACUGGAACAGAGACUGUAGUAGGACUGCACAAGUUACACCCAAGGAGAUAAGAUAAGCUUGAGAAGAGGACUUUGUAGAGAGAGGAAUAAUUCAUAUACUCUUGUCAUCUUUUUUUCUUUUUAAAGACGGUUCCCAAUGCCUUGAGACCAAGGAAAGGCUUUGAUUCCUCCAAGAAGCUAAACGCACCCACAUUGGAUCAAAGUAAAACAUUAUUAAAACCACGUGUGGUGCACUUUGAAAGUCUGCAGUCAUCAUGUAGAGUACCCGCUUAUAUAUUUCUGCAAUGUAUGAAUGUAUGGAUAUCUGUGAUUGCGUGUCUGUGUGUGUGCUGAUACGGUACAUUAUUCAAUUUCUAUUAGGCAAAAUUUGUUCACUUGUACUAACUACACUUGAGGGCCUUCAGAUGGGAUCAAGAUUUCUUUUCUCUUAACUUGCAUCAAGUUUUAUUUUUUUUAAGACAUGUAGAAUAUUUGUUGAAUUUGUAAAUACCUUGAUUGAUUGUACAGGGACAAGCAGCUUAUAAGGCAGCCUAAGAGGCAAUAUUGUGCAUGAUAUGGUUUAACUUGUUGAUAGGACUGUAUUAAAUAUAGAUAACUUGUAGAGAAUAUAUAUAUAUAUAUAUAUAUAUAUUCUUUUUUUCUUGCUGUGCACAGUGUACAUUGUACUGUAACUAACUGGACAGAAAAAUGCACAUAAAUUUGAAUUCUGAUCGUAUUCUGAUUUGCUUGUCAACAAGUUUAUUUCUGAAGUUACAUAACUUUGGUAUAGUACAACAACAUGUAGGGUAUACAACAUUAAUUGAUGCAAAGAAUUAUAUUAUUCUGAUUUGUAUUGGUUUUACGCAGUAAAAGUACUGCCAAAAUGAUACUCUUUUUCUGACAGUAUUGCAAAUGGUUUUUGUAUUUAAGAAACAGAUUUGUACUAACAAAAUGCUUUCUUUGUCUCUAUUUAAGUUUCUCUCUCUUUUAGUGCAAGUAUGAAAUUCAAGCUACUGGAAAUAUAAUGGAUGAAUAAAUAAUUAUCUGCUUUAA